CCCGCGCCCCUCCCCCAAUUCUCCAUCCCCUUCCCUCCCGGUCUCCUGAGGACCCCGUCCUAGCCCGACCCAGCCUGCAACCCACGCGCGGCCCUAGGUGCCAUUUCCCGCUCAUGUGGGCCCCCGCGGGCUGCCCACGCCUGUCCCCCAGCUCCGGGUUUCGCUGGGCUUUCCCCCCGCUUGGGGUGGCUUUCUGAGCCACCCCACUCCGUGCCCAUCUCUGCAGCCUCUCCUGCCACUCGGGCCCCCCGUUCCCCCUCCCGGCGGCGGGGGGCUGCCCCCGGGGGGCUGGCGGAGUUGGGCCGCGGGGGUCCCGGGGCCGGCGGUGCCGGGGUCAUCGGGAUGAUGCGGACGCAGUGUCUGCUGGGGCUGCGCACGUUCGUGGCCUUCGCUGCCAAGCUGUGGAGCUUCUUCAUUUACCUCUUGCGGAGGCAGAUCCGCACGGUAAUUCAGUAUCAAACUGUUAGAUAUGAUAUUCUUCCCUUAUCUCCUGUGUCCCGGAAUCGCCUGGCCCAGGUGAAGAGGAAGAUCCUGGUGCUGGAUCUGGAUGAGACACUUAUUCACUCCCAUCAUGAUGGGGUCCUGAGGCCUACAGUGCGGCCUGGAACACCUCCUGACUUCAUCCUCAAGGUGGUAAUAGACAAACAUCCUGUCCGGUUUUUUGUACAUAAGAGACCCCAUGUGGAUUUCUUCUUAGAAGUGGUAAGCCAGUGGUAUGAACUGGUAGUAUUUACAGCAAGUAUGGAGAUUUAUGGCUCUGCUGUGGCAGAUAAACUGGACAAUAGCAGAAGCAUUCUCAAGAGGAGAUACUACAGACAGCACUGCACUUUGGAGUUGGGCAGCUACAUCAAGGACCUCUCUGUGGUCCACAGUGACCUCUCCAGCAUUGUGAUCCUGGAUAACUCCCCAGGGGCUUACAGAAGCCACCCAGAUAAUGCCAUCCCCAUCAAAUCCUGGUUUAGUGACCCAAGUGAUACAGCCCUUCUCAACCUCCUCCCAAUGCUGGAUGCCCUCAGGUUCACUGCUGAUGUCCGGUCUGUGCUGAGCCGAAACCUUCAUCAACACAGGCUCUGGUGACAGCUGCUCCCCCUCCACCUGUGUUGGGGUGGGGGGGAAAGGGAGGGUGACCACUUGGGAUGCUGUUUGUUGCCCUGUCCAAUGUGAGGACUGCCUGGGCAGGGCCUGCCCCUCCCACCCCUCUGCCCUGGGAGCUCUACACUACCUUGUGGAGUCAGGAUGGACACAUGGGCGGGGCUGUGAAGCAGCGGCACUCUCAUCUGCUCACACUCCAUGGAAAUGCCCGACUGGGACGGCAGAGGCCUUGGGGAGCUGAAACUGCCUGGUGGAAAGGAAGGACUGGCCGGAGUGACAGACAAAGUGAUCCAAGAGGCUCAAAGAAAAGCCAAGCCAGCUUUGUUGUGAUUUGAUUUUUUAAAAACUCUUGUACAAAACUGAUCUAAUUCUUCACUCCUGCUCCAAGGGCUGGGCUGUGGGUGGGAGAGUAGGACUUCAGGCCACUGGAUCUUCCCCAAACUUGCCUUUCCCUUAUUUUCCCUCAAUAUUUCUCUCCCCAGACAACCUGAUGCCUGUAAUCAGCUUUCUCUUUUUUUCUUUUUCUCUCUUUUAAACCAUGUAUUAUAACUUUGAAACCAAA